UUUAAUAACUUUUGCUUUUUUCCAAAGAGUUAAGGACACAAUUUUUAUUUUUAUUUUUAUUUUUUGUCACACACACACACACACAAGAAAAAUCAAGAUGACGUGUUUUUGUUCAUCAUCUUCAUGUUUGAGACUACUGUGGUUUUUGUGGCCGCUGCUGGCGGCGGCGGCGGUGGUGGUUUUUGUCCGGCCGCCGGCGCCGAUUUUUUCUUACAAAAGUGGUGAUUACUUGCAAGAGUACAUGCGUACGAGGUUUUUUAAUUGGUUUCUACUGAAAAAUGAAAGUUACAAAUUUGGAGAUGAUCGCGAAGUGAAGAAUAUCGAACAAGUACAAGACUACAAUGACAUAUACCAAAAUGAUACAAGGCCACGAAACUCAUCAGAAAGACAAAAAAAUUACACAAAUCUCGAGUUGGUCGAAGUCGAACUUGUUCAAGCUCGGGCAGCCAUUAGAGACGCGAAAACUAGUAAUGAAACCUUAACAAAGGAUCCCGAUUAUGUCCCGAGUGGGCCCAUGUAUUGGGACCCCAAACUCUUCCAUGCGAGCUACUUGGAAAUGGAAAAGAGAUUGAAGGUGUACGUAUAUGAGGAAGGCGAGCCCCCGGUAUUCCACUUGGGGCCGUGCAAGCACACGUAUGCCAUCGAGGGCAUCUUCAUGUCGGCCAUUGAGCAAAGCCGGUUUCGCACGUAUGACCCCAACCGGGCCAACCUCUUCUUCCUCCCGCUAAGCGUGACGAUGCUAACGCAGGUGGUCUACGAGCCCAAUUCCCACGAGUGGUCCCUCAUGAAGAACACGGCCUCCGACUAUGUCGAUGUCAUUGCUCGAAAACAUACGUAUUGGAAUCGAAGCUUAGGCGCCGAUCAUUUCAUGCUUGCUUGCCAUGAUUGGGGGCCCGAGAUCUCGUUCGCGGUCCCCAACCUCCACACAAACGCCAUCCGGGCCCUGUGUAACGCCAACAAGUCCGAGCGUUUCAGCCCGGCCCGCGAUGUCCCGAUUCCCGAGAUCCACCUCCCCGACGGCACCACCCGCGGAAUGCUUGGCGGGCCGCCCCCAUCCCAACGGCCCGUCCUCGUCUUCUACGCGGGUGGGGUCCACGGCCCGAUCCGCCCGGUCCUCCUCCAACACUGGGAGAACCGAUCGGACCCGGAAAUCCAGAUCCACCGCUACCUCCCCCGCAACGUGUCCUACGCGGACAUGAUGCGGAAAUCUCGGUUCUGCCUGUGCCCGAGUGGGUACGAGGUGGCGAGCCCGAGGAUGGUCGAGGGACUCUACUCGGGAUGCGUGCCCGUCCUCAUCAAGGACGGGUACGUAAUCCCGUUCAGCGACGUGCUGGACUGGAAGACGUUUGCGGUUAUAGUCCAGGUUUGGGAUAUCCCGAACCUUAAGAGGAUACUGAUGGGGAUUACGAUGAGGGAUUACGUGAGGAUGCAGAGGAGGGGGAUUCAGAUGAGGAGACAUUUCGAGGUCAAUACGCCGGCUAAAAGGUACGAUGUUUUUCAUAUGAUAAUGCACUCGAUAUGGCUGAGGCGGUUGAAUGUGCGGCUGACCAAGGGUGGAGGCUCGGGAUCGUGA